CAGUUCAACUUUCUAUAUUAUGCCCCUUUCUUGAAUGGUAUGGGACCUCCCUUCUCUUUCUCCACAAUGAAGAUCACAGCUUCUUCUUGGUCUUCGUUACUUCGUUAGUCUCUCAGUUGAUUACUGAUACAUGUGCUUCGUACUUUCUUAUAUCGCGAUGCACCUGCACUCCUAGUUACUCGUAGUUGUGAGAUUGCUAGUGAAUGUGAUAUAAGUGGAACUUGGUGAUUUUUCAACUAUGGUCAAAAUGUGGAUUACUUUUGGUGUGCUGUGUUGUCUAGCAGCUUUGACACAAAGCGCAGAAGAUCACAAAAAUAAACCCAAAGAAGAUUCAAGAGGGAAGAGAACCCUGCAAUAUCAAAUAGCUCACCAUUAUUCUGGGCCAUACAAUUAUCGCUCUGAACGUAGGAUAUCCAAUGGUCCUCACUUUUACCAACCGCAAUUCCAUUCUGGUCCCAGGUCCUAUUCGUCUUAUUACUACAAAGGUAGAUCACGCUCACUUCCUGUGCCUCCUUACGCGGUCCAAAUGGAACCGCUAGUCCAUUACUCUCAAAGAGAUCCUUUAUACGAUACUAACACUUUAUCCCUACACACAGAUGGCCGAUAUGACCUAUCGAAACCGCUCGAUGAUCUACAAACGGAACACAACCACUUAUCUGAACAUUCCUAUUAUCCACCACGAGCUAAAAUCAUUGAGAAACCUGUUUAUAUCAAAGAACCAGAGCCUAUUAUCGAAAUCAUCAUAAAGGAAUCCAAUGUAACGCUUCCACCACCUCCUACGCCACCACCAACUCCACCUCCAAAAAAGAAGAAGGAACAAGUGCACGUUUUUUAUGUGAAAUACAAGAAAAACCCUAAUGGAUAUGGAAAAGAUAGCAUCAUUUACGAUAAGCCGAUUCCGGCUAUAUCACCGACUUCAGCAACAGAAGAAGAGGAAGAGGAACCUCAACCCGCUUACUAUCCUGAACCAGUUGUCACUCAACCUCCACCACCUUCGACGACUCUGAGGACAAUUAUAAAACCAGACUCGGAAGUUUAUCAUGGACCAAGUGGCAUUAAAGUUACUUUCGGAAAGGAAAGCUUCGAUUACCAUAAACGGCAAAGUAAACCAGAAGAUUAUAAUAGACCAAUUGAAGACGUUAAAUUCCCCUCCGCUCAACCAGAGAGUAGUUUUCCUGCAUUCCCAGCGCAACCUCAAGGAAGGCAGCUAUCUUUCCCUACCAACGCAUUCGACAGACAACAAAACAGUUUCGAAAGACAAAAUCCAUUCGAUAAUCGAAGACCUCCAUUCUCUCCAGUUCCUAAUAUCAGACCUGUGUCAUUUCCAAGACAACCUCAAGCAUACAGACCUUUCUCGAAUACCUAUAAGACACCUCCAGCUACCCAAUUCUCAAGACCUCAGAGUGGGCCUUCAGAAUAUUCAACAAUACCUAAAUCAGCUUAUCAGUCACAACCGAUUCAGAAUAAACCUCCUGCAUCGUUCCCUUCACAGUUACCAUUCCCUCAGUUCAAUUCACAGUAUAGUACUCUUCCUCAAUUCGAUCAACCGAGGAAGCCCGUACCAUACACACCUUUCGAAAACUUUAAAAACUCUAACUCUCAGAAACCGAGAGAGCAAAUUCAAUUCCGACCCCAACAUUCCUUCUCUUCUCCUCCACAAAUCCCUGAACAGCCUAAAUUGAACCAACAGUCCAAUAUUCAACCCAAUCCUAUUCCGAAUUACAAGACCAUUCCUGACAUUCCUCCGCUGAAACCUCAAUUCACAAACUUCAGGGAUGGACCUCACAUUCAGCAUCAACCUCAGCAACAAUUCAACGAUCAAUCAAAGUUCAAUCAGAAGCCUCCGCAACCAACUGCCUCCCAUGCAAACUUCCAAACUCCUCAGAAACAGACCUUCCAGAGUCAACAACCACAAAGUGUUAAGCAACAGUUUCCAAGUUUCCAACAGCAAAACCAGGCCCAAAAUCAACAACAGCCGAAGCAGCCUCCAAAGUUCAGUUCUAAUCAAGUUUUGAAUUUCCCUUCUAUACAACUGCCCAGUAACUUCGGACAGUUCCAGCAGCAGAACACAUUCCAGCAAAUCCCGCAGAACUCACCUACCCCUAACCAGUUUUCACAACAAUAUUUCAAUCAAAUCCAACCCCAAACGAACUCGAAUGGAAACUCCAUACAACAAGACUUCCAUCUGAAUACCUUCCAACAGGUGCAAAGCCUAGCACCGGGAGGUAGUCAAUUGAUAGCUGCUAUUCCAAGAUUCGAACAACAUAUUUCCUCAGUUGAACCAUCCCCACAACAGAACCAAAAUGCCCCUAGUAAAUCGCAAGGACCUCAGCAAAACUUCUAUCAACAACAACAAGUCGCACAGUCUAAUAUUCACAAACAAACAGCAAGACCUCAACAAAGUGUAAUUGGAACACCAUACAAUAGCAACUUCAAUAAUUUGGAAGAACAAUAUCGACAAGCAAAUCAGCUGCAGGAAAGUAUAAGAAACGGAGUGAAUUUCCAUUCGCACAUUGACAAUUAUUCUACCCAGAAACCUUCAUCAACCUACCAAACCACACAAAGAACCGUCAGUGUAACGGCUAAAUCUACUACUACCACUCCCGAACCUGAGAAACCUUCCACAACGACCAAGGAUCCGAAAAUUCUCAACGCUCAGUUGCCCGAUGAAGUUCCGGACGAUUUGAGGCAGCAGUUGUUGUCAUCGGGAAUUUUAAAUAACGCCGACAUAUCAGUAUUAGAUUAUGACAAAGUUGGUGAUAUCCCCCUGAGUGCUCUACCGCCAGAUCAACUGGCAAACUUCUUCAAUGCGGGUGGGGCCCAACAAAUAGCUGGAAGUGAACAGAUUCCUCAAUACGCUACAAAAGAGGGCGAUAUUUUAGAUAAGUCAUUCAACGAAGAAAGUGAUGAUGAUCAGGAAAUUGCCGCGUCUGAGAGUCACGAAGUGAGAGAGAAACCAGAAGUUCAAAUGAAAGUGGUCCAUUAUGACCCCCUUACGGAGCAAGGCCAGCAGGUCCAAAAUUCUUACGUUAAUCAAGACGCUAAACAAGUCAAGCCGGUGGCUCUGAAUGAUGAUAAAUAUAAUCGUUAUUUGCCGCUCAAAGUGAGUGGGGCACAAUUUCCCAUACCAGACGUGCCGGAAUUGAAGGGGAAGAAGAUCAAUAGUGUGGUUGUCCUGGCUCCGAUCCACUUCGACUAUAAACCGAGCAGAUCCACGAGAGAUGCUAAGAAAAAAGACUACGAUUUCGUGAAGGAUGAGGAUUUGAGAGAACUUCUGAGAAAUCCCACAGUCGAAAAUUAUAAAAAAUUUCUGGAAAAUGAGGCGAAAAGGAAGAGCGAUCAACAAGCUGUGAUUCUUCUGGUUACUGGAUCCGAAGAAGUUAAUCGGGAAAUCUUCAUGUAUGACGUAGGCAACAAGACUGUCAGCAAAUUAGAUGGUAGUCUUUCAGCAGCAUUUGUGAAAGCUGCAGAAGAAAACGAUACAGGUCCUCAAGAUCCAACUGAAGAAGUCUCCCAAGCUGAAAAUUCUGCGAUCAAGAAAGAGCAAGACAAGGGGGCUAGUCAACCUAAAUAAAAAUUUUACUCUGAGUAAUUGAGAAAUUUUUUCUGAAGUAUUAAUUUUCUUCCCCGGAUAUAAUUUAUUUCAAUCUCGACUAUUUUAAUUUUGUCAUUAUUUAUAUUUUUAAUACCCGACUACCUACUCCUAUGUAAAUAUUGUGGUUGACGUUGUUAAUUCAAUUUUGAAUUUGAAAUUGAGUAUUCUAUUUUAUGAAUCCAAGGAUUUCAUGGGUUUUUCAUGAUAUUUUAUUGAUGCUUUAUUAUUGUACAGUGUAAUAUAAUUAGGUCUAUGCAUAUUUUUACUUUUGUAAUAAAAAUACAGAAGAGUGA